GGAGUUAUGUUUGGUCACCGAGAUCAGCGCUACCUAAUUGCGGCGGGGCUGAUCUGGGGGCAGGGAAUUGGCCAUUCCGCUGUACAGACCCUGGUUUUUUUAAAAAGCAAGAUUUUAGGUGAUGAGCAGAUCAGAAAGUCAGAUGGAUAUAACUGACAUCAACACUCCAAAGCCAAAGAAGCAGCAGCGAUGGACCCCUCUGGAGAUCAGCCUCUCCGUCCUUGUCCUGCUCCUCGCCAUCAUAGCUGUGACCAUGAUAGCGCUUUAUGCAACUUACGACGAUGGUAUUUGCAAGUCAUCAGACUGCAUAAAAUCAGCUGCUCGACUGAUUGAGAACAUGGAUGAUACUGCUGAGCCCUGCACAGACUUUUUCAAGUAUGCCUGCGGCGGUUGGUUGAAACGCAAAGUCAUCCCGGAGACCAGCUCACGUUACAGUAACUUUGACAUCUUAAAAGAUGAAUUAGAAGUCAUUUUGAAAGAUGUCCUGCAGGAGCCCAAAACUGAAGAUAUUGUAGCAGUGCAGAAAGCAAAAACAUUAUACAGGUCUUGUAUAAAUGAAACUAUUAUUGACAGUAGAGGAGGACAACCUCUCCUCCAGCUGUUACCAGAUAUAUAUGGAUGGCCAGUAGCGACACUAAACUGGGAGCAAACAUAUGGUGCCUCUUGGUCAGCUGAGAAAUCUAUUGCAAAGCUGAAUUCCAAGUAUGGGAAAGGAGUUCUUAUUACUUUGUUUGUUGGUACUGAUGAGAAGAACUCGACGAACCAUAUAAUUCAUAUUGACCAAUCUUGGCUUGGCCUUCCUUCUAGAGACUACUAUGAAUGCACUGGAAUAUAUAAAGAGGCUUGUACAACGUAUGUGGAUUUUAUGAUUGCUGUGGCAAAAUUGAUUCGUCAGGAAGAAGGAUUGCCUGUUGAUGAAAACCAGAUUUCUUUGGAAAUGAAUAAAGUCAUGGAAUUGGAAAAAGAAAUAGCGAAUGCUACAACUAAAUCUGAAGAUAGACAUGACCCUAUGCUUCGCUAUAACAAAAUGACAUUGGCCGAAAUCCAAAACAACUUUACAUUAGAGAUCGACGGGAAGCCAUUCAGCUGGUCAAAUUUCACAAAUGAAAUUAUGUCAACUGUGAAUAUUAAUAUUCCAAACGAGGAAGAUGUGAUUGUUAAUGCGCCAGAAUAUUUAACCAAACUUAAGCCCAUUCUUACCAAAUAUUCUCCCAGAGAUCUUCAAAAUUUAAUGUCCUGGCGAUUCAUAAUGGAUAUUGUAAGCAGCCUCAGCCGAACCUACAAGGAGUCCGGAAAUGCUUUCCGCAAGGCCCUUGAUGGCACUACAUCAGAAUCUGCAACUUGGAGAAAUUGUGUGAACUAUGUCAAUGGGAAUAUGCAAAAUGCUGUGGGAAGGCUUUAUGUGGAAGCAGCAUUUGCUGGAGACAGUAAACAUGUGGUUGAAGAUUUGAUUGCACAAAUCCGGGAUGUUUUCAUUCAGACAUUAGAUGACCUCACCUGGAUGGAUGCUGAAACGAAGAAGAAAGCUGAAGAAAAGGCCUUGGCAAUUAAGGAAAGAAUUGGCUAUCCUGAUGACAUUAUUUCCAAUGAUAACAAACUGAAUAAUGAAUACUUGGAGUUGAACUACCAAGAAGAUGAAUACUUUGAGAAUCGAAUUCAAAAUUUGAAAGUUGGCCAGAGCAAACAACUAAAGAAGCUCCGAGAAAAGGUGGACAAGGAUGAGUGGGUAACUAAGACAGCUAUUGUCAAUGCAUUUUAUUCUCCAGGCAGAAAUCAAAUAGUAUUCCCAGCUGGCAUCCUUCAGCCUCCCUUCUUUAGUGCCCAUCAGUCCAACUCAUUGAACUAUGGGGGCAUCGGCAUGGUCAUAGGACAUGAAAUCACUCAUGGCUUCGAUGAUACUGGCAGAAACUUUAAUAAGGAUGGAGACCUUGUUGACUGGUGGACUCAACAGUCAGCAAAUAAUUUUAAAGAACAAUCCCAGUGCAUGGUUUACCAGUAUGGAAACUUCUCCUGGGAUCUAGCAGGUGGAGAACAUCUCAAUGGAAUUAAUACACUGGGCGAAAACAUCGCUGAUAAUGGAGGCAUUGGCCAAGCAUACAGGGCCUAUCAGAAUUAUGUUAAAAAGAAUGGUGAAGAAAAAUUACUUCCUGGAAUUGACUUAAAUCAUAAGCAACUGUUCUUCUUGAACUUUGCACAGGUGUGGUGUGGGACGUACAGACCAGAAUUUGCAGUCAAUUCCAUUAAAACAGACGUGCACAGUCCAGGACAUUUCAGGAUUAUUGGAUGUUUGCAGAACUCCGUUGAGUUUUCAGAAGCCUUUAACUGCCCGAAGAACUCAUACAUGAAUCCAGAAAAGAAAUGUCGAGUUUGGUGAUCUACAAAAGAAGCAGAAUUAGACUUGCAACACUUCCGAAAUGGGGAUCUCACCUUCCUGGAGAAAUGGGUGCCAGAAGUCACCAUGGUUACUUGGGAGUAACUCAGAAAAUGAGAGCAUCAGAAUAUAGAUGAAAUUGGGGUAUUCUGGAAAGGAUGUGCAGGGAUGAGAGGGCCAGAAAUGUCUAUGAAGCCAAUCACUUCUCAAGGGGUAUUUAGUUUCUUCAGAUAAUAUUACUGUUCGGUUUCAUGUCUCAUGUUAUAUGCCAGUGUGAUGCUAUUCCCAGAAAGCAGAGUCGAUCAAAAUUCCCAGUCAGAUGGAGAAAGAGGAGAUGUUAAAAAUUAUGAUUGCAUAUCAAAACACAGUGGUCGCAUGACUUUUAAGAAACACUGCCUAUGAACUUGCUUUUACUUUUGUUUGCAAUUUCCAUGUUCUUUCAAACCCUUCCAAAGAAUUGUUAUACGUGUUAGAGCCUCAGGGCUUAGAUAGUUUUAAACUUAUUUUGCCACACAUCAGCUACUCAUUCUGUAAUCACAACAUUUUUAAAUACUAUCUCAGCAAGACUGAACAUCUAAAGUGGUUAUUACUUUUGAAUAUUAAUGUUAUUUCAGAUAGCUGAAGUUCCUGAGGGCCCCUGCAAUUUUGUAAGCAAUUUCCUGCCUGUUGUCUCUCUCUUACACACACACGCACACACACACACACACACACUCACUCACACAACCCAUUUGGUUUUUUUUAAGAGAUUUGUAGUAAUGUGUAAAUAACUUUUAUAUUUAAUUACUACUACAUUUAUGGAUAAGUUGCUGUUAUUAUAGGUAACUGUUGGAUAUAAACAUUUCAGACAAGACAAACAGUUUUGAACAACCUGUACUUAAAAAGAUCUGUAAAAUCUUCUAGAAAUAAACAUUUGAGACUUCUUAAACUUAUAAAUCAUAUUGGUGAAAAGCUUUAAUAACAAAUGCUGGGGUAAGUAAUUGUCAUUGGACAGUUGUCUGGAGAUAGAUAAUACUUGUGGUUUGCAAGCAAGAUUUUCAAAAUUGAAUCUAUCCCUGGAGGUGACUAUGAUCAAAAUACAAAAUUGCAUCUAUGUAGCGCCACAUCCCUUGCCUUUUCAGGUUUGUCAUCUGAUGGAAAUAUUUUGAUAAUAAACUGAAAUUUUGAG